GGGAGCGACCAUAACGAUGGUGCUGUGCAACGGAGACGAGGUAGCCUGCAUGUAAGCCUGGGACGAGCACAAUUCAAGAGGCCUCUGGCGUUCAGCUGGGAUUGCAUUCACUUAAUAGAUCGCAUUUUGUCAAGGCCAGAAGUGCUGCAGCAUCUCGAACUGUUAACCCGCACGACUGAGGGCCUAGGAUGGAAUAGCCAAUGCACUACAACUCCCAGCCUGCCUCAGUCAGUUGUGCAUUAACAAUUGCAGACCACCUAGUCCACUUUACCUGCCUACUGUUUCUUUUACAGUAGCUUGAUACUCUCUAUAUCCCUGUCUUGCUGCAUUUAAAAUCUGGUAAGAUAGAGUGUCUUUGGCCUCUGUGAGGUCAGAUAAAUACAGCACACAUACUCCAGCACUGGGGUCCUAAAAGCACAUGAACAUGCACUUGUAUUUUCUGUAGACUCCAACAAGGUUUCUAUGAAGGAGACAACGUAGACGUAGACCGAGACAGGCCCACAAAGGAAACCACUUUGUGGUUAAGUUCCUCUCGGCGGUUCUGAAAGUGCACGAUGGAUUGGACCUGGUUCCGGCUGUAGAAGAUCCUGCCGCUGGUUUUAAGUUAAUCAGAAUCAGGCCUGAACACCUGGGAGUAGUUGUUUUCACAUAAGAUAAAACUGGCUGGGGUAAGAUAAAAAUGUUCUACAUUUGGGCCUGCUGAGGAUUAGAGCAAAGGACUGAGUGGGGCCGACAGCCGCACAAGUGCGCCCCCUUGUGUCUGGAAGCCACUGGCACCCGAAGCCCAUCCAGGCAAAGACAGACACACUCUCCGCGUACGCCGGUGCGCCCUCUUGUGUGUGGAGGCCGGAAUGGCGCGGGGAUUGGACUGAAGGCGGGCCCCGGCUCUGUGGGCUGUCUCCUCGAGGCCGCGCUGAAGGGCGGUCGGGACCCACGGAGGCUCGGGCGCGGCGGCUGACGGGUCCGGCUCGGAGAUGCUCCAGACCAGCAACUACUCGCUGGUCCUGCUCGUCCAGCUGGCGCUGCUGACCUACGACCUCUUCGUCAACUCCUUCAGCGAGCUCCUGCGAGCCACGCCCGUCGUGCAGCUCGUGCUCUUCAUCAUCCAGGACAUCGCCAUCCUGUUCAACGUGAUCAUCGUCCUCCUGAUGCUCUUCAACACCUACGUGUUCCAGGUGGGCCUGGUCUCGCUCCUGCUGGAACGCUUCCGGGCUCUUCUGGUGAUCUCCGGCCUCUACCUGGCCCUCAGCAUCGCCCUCCACUGCUGGAUCCUGAACCUGCGUUGGGUGAGCUCACAUCGAUUUGUGUGGACUAAUGGAUUAGAAACGUUGUUUGUUUUCCAGAGACUUGCGGCUGUGCUGUAUUACUACUUCUACAAGCGAGCGACGGAGUACCUGGGGGACCCCCGCUUGUAUGAGGACUCCCCCUGGCUGCGCAACGCUUUCGCCCGGGCGCGGCAGUGACCGCCGGGAAACUGCGCUGGGCAGAGCCGAAAUGGAGCCUCACGCCCACACAGAGCGAACUGAUUGGAUACAAGUGAGACGAGUCAAUUGUGAUGGAACUAGCCAAAAUGGAGUCUCUUACAGUACACAUACGGUUCCAGGAAGACGAGACACAUUGGACAUAGUCAGAAUGGAGGGAGAGAGAAACUGUCAUAGGCAGAGCCAUAAUGGAGGCUCAUAUAGACACAGUUACAGAAAGAUACAAUACAAAGCACACUGAGAAUGGACAUGGAUAGAGGCGAGAAACUGCGAUGAGAAGAGCCAUAAUGGAAGUUCAUACGUACGCAGUUACAGAAAGAAACAAUAUAAUGGACCCUUGUGCAAACAGAUAAAGAGAGCCACGCCAGUGUGCGGAUCGGCUAAUGCCAGCAGAACUCCUUUUCUCAAACGGAAUUGCUUAUCAGGACAGCAGUGUGAACGAUACAGGUUAGAAUUUAUUCCUUCGUAGGCCGGAGACUGGACCUGUGUCUCACAGAGAUGCUCGUGCACACUUACCACUGAAGCAGCUUUUAGCAGCUCGUUGUCGUUAGCGCGGAGUUCAGGAAGCUUCCGGUUUGUCGCGCGCGCGCGCGCCGCUGGAAGUUUAGCGUCGCAAAGCUACGCAUAUCCCAGGUGCACUUCUUAACCUUACGACCCCUCAUCCACGCAAUGCCAGCACACACCAGAUCCUUUUUAACAGUGGAAACGUACCCGGAUUAUAGCGCUUUAUGGAAUUCAGAGUUAGCGUUUAAAUACACCUUUUUUUUAAUAGCCGCGUCAACCGAUUUGACGCCGAUCUGCCUUCUUCUGGUGUGACGCGGACCGGGCCUCAAAGUGCCGAAGCCUUGCCAUUUGUUCUCCUUUUCUUUCUGGCGGAAGGAUUUAUUUUGCUUGAGUAAGGUUUUAUUCUUUUUUUUAUUCAAUAAAGUGUAUUUAAUACGA